CCACCUCACGCCGCAGUUGCGCAGCAAUAACAGACUACCAGCAGUCUGCAUGCUUUGUUCAUUGCAAGCAUACGUGUUUGUUGCACAAAGUGAUUCAUUCUGGGUGUUAUUAAUAAAGGCCUCGCCACAGAAAUAUCGACUAAAAGUAAAGAUUUUCUGCUCAUUUCACCAGCGCCUUGUUUUUUUUUGUUUUAGCAGCAAGUUUUAGCAGCAAGACCAUACAAGUAAAUUACAGGAUAAAUACAAAAUGGCGAUGAUGGGGAGGAAUUCAGUGAUGUUCUGUCUGCUGGUUGUUGGAACUCUGUUUGGUGGGACCAACGCGGGAUUUUCUGAUGUUCUGAAUGAUUACAUCGAUGACGUCGACAACUACGUCAACGACCUGGACAACACGAUCCAUGAUACACUGUACCCGAACGAGAACCCCCUGAUGCAGUGGGGCGUGGGUGUGUUCAUCGCCAUCAUCGUGGGCAUUGUGGUUGGCGUGGUCCUGAUCUGUACCUGCUGUUGUUGCUGCUGUUACCAUUGCUGCUGCAAGCCCAACCCACCACCGUACACCACCCUGGUCGUAGCCAGCAACCAGCCCCACCCGAUGCCUCAGACAACCCAUGUCUCACAGAUGAGCAUGCAACCACAGCAGCAGCCUUAUGAAAUCAAACACUAGGUUGGGCCUUGUGUCAUAGAGCUAAUGGGAGACUUGAGGCGCUAGGUGGCAGCAGACUUACCAACAGUUAAAUUUCCAUUGUUUACGUAGUUGAGCUUGCCCACAUUAUCAAGAACAAUAGAUUUUACCUGGUAGGUCUGCUGCCACCAAGCGUCCUGAAAGUCUCCCAUUGGUACAACUCAUGAGUACACACUUUAAUGUGACACAUAGGUCGAUUCCACAACGAACUUUAGGACUAUUUGAGAUAUUGAAAACUUAAGGCUAGUCCUAAGUUAGGACGAGUCAUUUUUUUAGGACGAGUAACUCGUGAGAUAAUACUGGUCUUUUUUCUCUGUGAAAACCUUCCCUUUAAGUUUUGUUUUUACCGAUUUAGGGUGGGUAGUAGGUAGGAGCAAACUGUGCACUAUACAAUAUAUUCCUUAAAGUGCCUGCUUUAAAAUGCAAGUUUUGGACACGCUUGAAAUGACGAGUACUCAUGAAAACAGUACUGCUGUUUCCAUAAAUAUCACUCGAGGUUUUAGCCAUGCACUAUGCAAAAACUUGUUGUUGCACUAAGCUAUUUAAAGCUUAUCUUUUCCAAACUUUCUU